ACACAUUCAUCACCUAAUGUAGAUCCCGUGGUCUUAACUAUGAAGAUAAGACACAAGAAUAUCUCAAGGGUAAUGGUGAGAUAUAGACCAAAUUAAUCACAAUGUACUGUUUGAGUUUGGAGAUGAGCAUUUGCCCACCAGGGAGGCAUUUGGUUGGAUUUGGUAGAGAAUUGGAAUACCCCUAUGAAUUAUUAUUCGACCUAUUGAGGUAUCUCAGUUGGUAAAUGUAUUAGUGAUUAUCAGCAAUUAUUUAACUGAUUUUUUUCUUUUUCAAAAAUUAAUGCUAAUUUCUUGCAACACGCGAUUUUGCUUUGCCCUAUUUUUCAUUCUCUUCUCCCUCCAGGCUCCAACCGGACUAACCCUCACCAUUUCUCUUCCUUGGUUGUGGCCUGUCCUUCAGCACCGGCCACCACCGUCCAGCCUCCUCCUCCACUCCAGCCGGCAGACGCCAUCACCAUUGUACUGUACACUGCAGCCACUGCCCAGUCGCCCAUCACCACGAAAAUUUUUGGACGAAGCUUUAAACAAAAUGGGUAAAGUACAAAGCGGACUACGGAGUCAUAACUCAUAAGGUCACCAUCACCUUCAACUUCCUAAAAUUAUGCACUCGUCUUUAAUUUUGAAUCCCGCUUACUUCCUCUCUCUCUCUCAUUCCUUCCCUUCGCCCUUACAUUUUCUCUCUCACUCUCUCUUCCAUCCUCUCGCAGCUUAUGACCAUCAUUUUCUUUCAAACAAUAUUAUAAUUCUACUUUCCUUUUCUUUUGACAUAGUUCUAAUUCUACCAUUAUUAUACCUUUUACCGCCAUUCCAGAAAUAUCUUCCUUAUGCCGCGAUUCACCUUUCUUUUUUCUAGAUUCUUCCUUUCUCUCUCCUCUCACGCUACCUUUCAAGGUUUUGACAGUCAUCUGUUAUAGGAGAUUUUCUUUUACACUCUUUCCAAGAAAAGUUGAUGGUUUAAGCUUGAUGCACAAUGUUUGACUUCCAUUUUUCCAUCUCAAGGUUAUUGGCUGUCUCAGACUCUCUUGGUCCUGCUGUGUUGGGAUGGAUGGUCACUGGAUCAUUUGGACUCUUUGCUAUUGUAUUUGCAUUCCUUAAAUGGCAGAGGAGAACAUCUCUAAAUUGGGUUAAAGCUGCUGCUAGAGCUAAGAAAAAAGUGCGGAGAAAGCUAAAUGUUCCAUUAUCACAUCAUACUUGGGCUGAAGAUUAUGAUUGUGGUGAACAGCCAUCCACAUGCUGUGUUUGUCUUACAUCUCUGUCAUUCUCGCAAAAUUUGGGCACAAAGACUGUGUUCCAUACUCCUGUUCAUCGCUGUGCUGUUUGUGGUGUAGCAGCUCAUUUUUAUUGCUCUCAGUAUGCAGCAAAGGAUUGUAAAUGUUUUGCACAAGCUGGUCAUAGCCAUGUCCAACACCAUUGGUCUGAAAGGUGGUUCAAUAUGGAUGAUAAUCCUGAGACUUCUGCAUUUUGUUUUUACUGUGAUGAGCCCUGUGGUGUUCCUUUGCUUGAUGCUUCUCCUACAUGGCACUGCAUGUGGUGCCAGCGCCUUAUACAUGUAUCUUGUCAUGCCAGAAUGUCCAAAGAAUCUGGAGAUAUUUGUGAUUUGGGUCCUCACAGAGACAUUAUUCUUUCUCCUUUGUGCGUAAAAGAAACCGAUAUAAAAUCUUUGAAAAGUUUGAGCUCGAUUAGAGAAGAAUUGAUAGCAUCUAGUGUCCGUGGAGAAAUUCGACGAAGGCGUCAUCGGAACAAGAACGGACCAAGCUGUUAUGUUGGUGGCAAGAUUGAGGAUGUGCCUGCUUCUGAUUCGGCACUUGGCUAUGUGCUCAAUGGUUUAUCUUGUUUGAAGAAAUGCUACAGUGAGAAAAACCUGGACUUUUUGUCUAGAAAUAUCAGAGUGCAAGGUUCUAAAGCAACCAGUGUUGGAUUGAUCAAGAAGAAGGCCGGAACAAUGACUUAUGGCCAGACCAAGAAGUACAAGUUAGUGGACUUGCCAAAAGAUGCUAGACCUAUUCUAGUUUUUAUCAAUAGUAGAAGUGGUGCACAGAAUGGGCUAUCUCUUAGGAGGAGACUAAACAUGCUGUUAAAUCCUGCUCAGGUUUUUGAAUUGAAUUCAUCCCAGGGUCCCGAGGCUAGUUUGAAGUUGUUUUGCAAUGUCCCAAAUUUUAGUGUAUUAGUAUGUGGAGGUGAUGGUACUGUCGCAUGGGUUCUUGAUGCUAUUGAGAAGUUUAACUUUGAGUCUCCUCCACCUGUUUCUAUUCUUCCAUUGGGCACUGGAAACGAUCUCUCAAGGGUUCUACAAUGGGGAGGGGGAUUCUCAAGAAUCGAGGGACCAGGGUUAAGAAAUAUUUUACAUGAAGUUAAUCAUGCAGCCGUUACAAUGUUGGACCGCUGGAAAGUUGAUAUUAAAAAAGAAAACUCCGUUGGGGAACUGAAUAGGACACGCUCUAAAUUUAUGAUGAAUUACCUUGGUAUUGGAUGUGAUGCAAAGGUUGCAUAUGAGUUUCAUAUGAAUCGGGAGGAAAAUCCUGAAAAAUACUAUAGUCAGUUUGUGAACAAGUUGCGAUAUGCCAAAGAAGGUGCUAGGGAUAUGAUGGACAGAGCAUGUGCAGAUUUGCCAUGGCAAGUUUGGCUUGAAGUUGAUGGCAAAGACAUUCCAAUUCCUAAAGAUGCUGAAGGCUUGAUUGUUCUCAAUAUUGGUAGUUACAUGGGUGGUGUAGAUCUUUGGCAAAAUGAUUGUGACCAUGAUGAUGAAUUUAAUCGACAAUGUAUGCAUGAUAAGCUGCUUGAGGUGGUUUGUGUUUCUGGAGCAUGGCACCUUGGGAAAUUGCAGGUUGGUCUUUCUCAAGCCAGGAGGAUGGCUCAGGGGAGUGUCAUAAGGAUCCAUAUUUCUAGUGCUUUUCCAGUUCAAAUAGAUGGGGAACCAUUUAUUUUACAGCCUGGCUGUCUAGAAAUAACACACCAUAAACAGGUGUUUAUGUUGAGGAACUCAUCUGAAGAACCAAGAGCCCAUGCAUCUGCAGUGAUGUCGGAUGUUUUGUUCGAUGCAGAGUGUAAAGGCAUCAUCAAUACUACUCAGAAGAGAGCAUUAAUUGAACAGAUUGCUCUUCGUCUUUCAUAGUUGGGUUUUUUUGCUCUCAUCUCAUUUCUUUUUUAACAAGCACUAAUUUUCCCGCUUAGUGCUAAAGAACAUUACUAGGGUACAAAGUUCUUUGGGUUAAUGAAUAGAAAAAGGCUCGUUCUUUCUCCCUCUCCUCUUCCAUACUUUGCAUCCUUUCUCUUCUCAGCGUCGGUGCACUCCUGAUUGGGCUGCUUGCUGGAACAUCUAGCGUCAAUAUUAAGUAUAUAUGAAAAUGUACGGAGCAUCUUCCUCUCCUAUUCCAUACUUUGCACCCUUUAUCUCUUUGGCGUUGAUGCACUCCCGAUCUUGCUGCUUGUUGGAAUAUCUGGUAUCAAUAGCAAGUAUAUAUGAAGAUAUACAGAGGUACAGUUUUACCCCAAAUGGAUGUAUAGAUUUUGAUGCGUUCUAGAGUAUCAAGAUGACAUAUAGGUUGAGGUUACUUUAGACAAGUCUAAUUGUGUAAAGCUUGUGAUUUACAGAGUUCUACUACGGUUUAGAGUGUACAAGCUCGUUUUUUGAAUGUGACGAACUGUGUUUCUCAUGGCGUGCAGUUUAAAAUGCCUUUUUGAAAGCUUUUACCGAGGAAGUAUGCUUGGCAAAAACUUUGAUACAACUUCGUUAUUUAGUGGAAUUAUGCUUGGCAGUUGGCAUUCAUUUAUAUGCAAGGACGAAAGGUUCAACUGAAA